AUGAAUUCCAUAUUAAAUUUUGAUAUCUCGUCGAUUACCUAUCGUCGUGUAGAAAAGCAUGAGCAACAACAGGUCGUAGAUUUGGUGUGUCCUAUUUUUAAAACUAAUCCUGAUAUGGAAAAAAGUUACUUUUCAUUAGAUGCAUCACCAUGUUAUCAAGAAGGUGAUACAUUGGGUGCAUGGCAAAAUGAUAAAUUAGUGAGCGUAGUACAUAUUCGACGUUUGGCAUUACGAUCAAACGAAAAUAAUGAGAAAUAUUCAUGUGGUGGUUUCGGCAAUGUGGCUACUGUAGACAAAUAUCGAAGACGCGGCCUGUCUCGACAUCUUUUACGAAUGGCUAUUGAUAGGAUGGAGAAAAACAAUGAAUUCGAUAUUUCAAUGUUGAGUACAGAGAAACCCAACCAUUACACGGUUCUAGGAUGGGAAUCAGUACCUCGCCCCUCGCAAAUCAUAAUCAAUUGGAAAAAUAUUACUUCGUCCAGCAUAAAUGCUGAAUGGCGUUCAGCAUCUAAUAUCUCAUCUGAAGAUAUUGAGCUCUUGCUCAAAAUUCAUUCGAAUAAUCCACGCAUCUAUCAAAUUGAUCGAUCUCCAUCCACACUAUUCCAACACUGGGUGAAAAAGAGGUGGCAAAACAAUGCCGCUAUUGUGUGUCUGUAUGAACAUGAGGAAGAACAAGGUUAUGUGGUGAUCGGCAAACCCGAUAGUGAAAAGGAUAUAUGUGUAUUGGAGUGGUGCGCACCAAAUUUUAAUCUUGAGACGAAACUAUUGUCUCUAGCGGCAAUCGAGAUUCGACAACGUUAUGGAUCAACAAAACCUAUUUGCUUGCUCGCAUUACCACAAUACAUGAAGAUUGACGAGUUGACUGAAUGGGCUGGUCCUCUCCAAAUCAAGAUCAGUAAAGAUUUAAUGAUGCGUAAUAUUCGAUUACCAAAAGAAGUGUACGAGAAGAUCAAACUUGCUUACUCUGAAGGUCGUGCUGUCUUUUGGAUCGGUGAUUAUUUUUAA